AUGGCCGGCAGAGGCGCCGGCAGCGGUCCGCAGCCGCCCGCCGUGGCGCAGCCGCUCGCCGGCGGUCACCUGUACCCCUUCGUGAGCGCGGAGAGUGAGGGGCCCGAGGAGGAGGGCGAGGUGUCGGAACUGCGGCCGCGGGGCAGGGAGAAGGUCCGGCGGAGCGCGUCGAAGGACAGGCUGGAUGAUAUCGUCCUGCUGACUAAGGACAUCCGGGAAGGGGAUACGCUGAACGCGAUCGCGCUGCAGUUCUGCUGCUCGGUUGCAGAUAUCAAGAGAGCUAACAAUCUUAUCAACGAUCAGGACUUUUUUGCCCUGAGGUCUAUCAAAAUUCCAGUGAAAAAGUUCAGUGUGUUGACUGAAACCCACAAAUCUACAAAAGGAAGAUCAGCUCUUCGGCCUGCUCUGUGUUCUCCAGAAGUACAGGAAACAUCUCUUUGUGAUAAAUUCUCUGCUAAUGAGACUGCUGGCAACUUUCUAAAAGAAGUCGAUCGAGAUAUAGAAGAAAUAGUGAAGUGUAAUGAUACAAAGAGAGAGAAUCUGAAUGAAGUUGUUUCUGCUUUAGCAUCCCAACAGAUGUGUUUUGAAACUGAUGGUAAAACUAAAAAAUGCAAAGAUCCUUACUAUGGAGCAGACUGGGGUAUAGGAUGGUGGACAGCAGUAGUGAUUAUGUUGAUUAUUGGCAUAGUAACUCCAGUUUUUUAUCUCCUGUAUUAUGAAGUUCUAGUGAAAGCAGAUGUCAGUCACCAUUUUCCAAUGGAAUCUUCCCAUUUGUUUGUCACAGCAGUAUCACAUCAGGAAGAAAUAGAAAAUUGAAUAAAUCCAACAAAUACUAUGAAAGUUGAUUAUCAAGGAGACCUUCAGCAUUAAUAUUAGGAAGACCCUAGACAACUGUUAUUUGUAGAUACGUGUUGUAACCUUAGAUAAAGGGGAGUCCACAGAAUACAAAAUGCAUUUGGAACACAGAGAAAGAGUGUAUUGAUGUGUGACUUGCCUUUAUGGGCAGUAUUCCACUACAAGGAUAUUUCUGGGGAUCACAUAA